AUGGUCAGCAUGGAUCUCAAAAAGGGUGCCUCCGCCACGGGAAACGACUCCCACGAAGUGACAGAAGGCAAAAUGUUCACUCACUCGGAUGGCGACAUUGCAGCAGCCUAUGCAGACCGGCUCGAGGGCGAGAACGCAUACACACGAAAGGAGGAGAAACGAUUAAGAUGGAAGCUCGACAUGCGUCUAGUGCCGAUUUUGUGGCUCAACAUUACAUUUUCUGCCAUGGACAAGGUCACGACUUCGACCGCGGCACUCUAUGGUAUGAGAACAGACACGAACUUGACUGGUGAUAGAUACUCCUGGGUGGGAUCUGCGUUCUACUUCGGAUAUCUUCUCUGGUGCUUUCCUUCAGGUACUAUUCUCCAGAAAUUGCCAGUAGCCAAAACGAUGGCGAGUGUCCAGAUGGUUUGGGGGAUCGUCUUGAUUGGAACGGGAUUUGCUAGGAAUUUCGAAACCUUGAUAGCCUUACGAGUUUUACUCGGUAUUUUGGAAGCUCCCAUUGUACCUGGCAAUUUCCUUGUUGUUGGAAUGUGGUACAGUAGGAGAGAAGCUCCGAUUAGAACCGGACUCAUGUAUACUGGUCUUUCCGUCCUAUUUACGGGUCCAAUUGGAUACGCCAUCGGCUACAUUCCAGGUGGAGAACAAUGGCGCUAUUUCUUCUGGAUUACUGGAGCGAUAACUUGCGCUUGGGCGAUUGUUGUCGGUCUUCUGCUUCCAGAUAAUCCCGUAAAGGCGAAGUUCAUCACCGAACGCCAGAAAGCGAUUUCCAUUGAUCGCGUGCGAGCCGAUCAAACAGGUAUCGAAAACAAGACGUUCAAGAAAGAUCAGAUGAUUGAAACCUUCCUUGAUCCAAAGACUUGGUUGAUGUUCUUUUUCCACAUCUGGAUCUCGAUUCCCAACGGAGGACUAACAAAUUUCGCGCCGCUCAUUAUCAACGGACUCGGCUACUCUGCACAGCGCUCUACAUUAUUAACAAUGCCUACCGGUAUCAUGCAGACUGUUUCGUCUUAUAUGUGCAACGGAGGCGUGUUUUUGUGCGCCAAAUAUCUGCCUCGAUAUCAAACUCGUGGAAUUUGGGUAAUUUUCAGCUGCGUUGUCGGAAUGAUAGCAGCCGUGUUUCUUUACACGCUUCCAGUUACCUCUCUUCACAGCCGACUGGCCGCUUUGUACAUGUCCUAUUUCUAUCUCGGAGGUUACAUUGUUGGUCUAGGAAUGGCAACAGCUAACACAGCCGGCCACACGAAGAAGGUCACGACCAACGCGAUGAUUUUUAUCGCGUACUGUGUUUCGAAUAUCAUUGCACCACAGUUCUUCAAGGCACAUCAAGCACCACUUUACCCGCUGGGGAUGGGGGCCAUAUUGGCGUCGUAUGGGCUCUCGAUCAUCACUAUAUUAGCAUACAUGGCGUACUGUGCUCGCGAAAAUAGACGGCGAAAUCUGUUGGAUCCAACAUCAGGGCAGAAGACUCAUGCGGAUACCGACUUCAAAGAUCUCACAGACAAGGAGAACAUUCACUUCAGAUAUGUAUGGUAG